AGGUAAAUAUUACAUGACGAAUAGUUUUGAGAGUCAAACUGUAUUUUACCCUAAGAUACAUAUACAUACCUUUCAACAUUUUAUUUUUAAUUACAGUGGGGUUGAAACCAGAACCUCUCCUUCGUUGAGGAGAGAUGAAAACCGACUCAACCAAAUAUUGAGGCAUUUGACAUUUUGUUUUUGCUAUCAUGUUAUUGACAUCAUUCACACAACAAUUCCGCAGGCAGGAUUGGUGAAAAAUGUAGCGAGUCAUGGUUGGGAUCACGUCGGUGCAUAUAUGUUCUCAAUUGAGUCGACAUGCUAAGCAUAAAAAAUGCUUUCCAUUCGUCCUUUCUCUUCCACGGAAUAGGGAUCGGAUACGACAUCUACUUUUUUCCGCAUAAACAAGGUAUCUGCAGAUUCUUUUCUUUGCCCACAACCACGAGAAGGCAUAAUGUUCUUCGUAAUUUUAAAUUCUGAGUAACCAGCAUGAACUGUGCCACUGAUCUUGUAGAAGAAUUUCCGGGAAAAAUGAGGAUGCAGUUGCUCUCCAUCACAGGAAUUCUUGUCCUCAGCUUCAUAGCUGAAAAGUUCCGGCAACUGAGAGGAGUAGAACAUCCUUCAAGAAGUCGAACAGAGAGAUUCACAUUCACAAACUGCUUCGACAUGCGCUUUGGCACCAUGGCCUGCCUGCUCAAGGAAAUAAUCAAGCUCUACCUCUACUACAUCAGAGCACUCUAUGUUCAAAAGGCAAGAGCGGAGGCAGUUGAAAAAGCAUUAGCAGAAAACUUAUCCAAACGCCAGGAUUUCAACCACUCAGUGGCAGUCGCAUCAGAGGCAAUUUGGCGCAGCUGCGGGACACUUGUUGGUGCAUACAGCGGGGGGAUUGCGGGAGAAGGGAAAAUGGGGUGGCUGGGUUUUGUGCUUGGGAGCCAAGUGGGGAGCUGGAUUGGGGGGAGGAUUGGGCUGAUGGGGUAUGAUAUCUGGGAUGGUGUGCAAUAUUUGCUUAACAGUGUAUCUGGAAAUUUACACUAA